AUGACAAUUUUCUUCUCUACCAUCCUGGAGGCCCUCAACUAUCAUGCCUUGGAAUCACCUGAAAAGAUUGUGUUCACAUGGGUCGACAUCAAGUGCAAAGAACAGAACAAGAUCACAUUCAAGCAACUGGAGGACCAAUCCAAUGCUGUAGCUGCUCGUCUGCUCAAGCUUGGAUGCAAAAAAGGAGACCGUGUCAUGAUUGCCUAUCCCUUUGGCCUCGAGUUCUUGGCUGGUAUGUUUGGAGCCAUGAAGAUUGGAGUCAUCCCCUGCUCUAUCUAUCCACCCAACCCUAACGAGCUCAAGACUGAUAUGCCCAAAUUCCGCAGAUUUGCUCAGGAUGCGGGAGCCAAGUAUGCUCUCAGUACUUCUGCUUUUGCCACUGCCAUGACGGCAGCCAGCAUCCUCUACAAGACUGGUGUUGCGUGGAUUGGAACCGACAAACUCUCAAUUAAGAAGAGCAACCCCAAAAAGCCCAAAGAGUACGAGACAUUUAUGGGAGAACCAGGAGGCAUCUGCUUGAUCCAGUACACCUCCGGUAGUACUGGAAGCCCCAAAGGAGUCAUGAUUAGUCAUCAAAACCUAGAAGAGAAUUGCAGGGCUGGCAUUUCCGUGACUGAUCUAGACACUUCUUCUGAAGUUGCUCUAUGGGUUCCUCAAUAUCAUGACAUGGGACUUGCAGGAUUCAUGUCCUGCCUCUACACUGGGAGUCAUCUUGUGGUGGCAUCGCCCCUUGACUUUAUUGCCAAACCACUGCUGUGGUCAGAUAUGGUGGAAACAUACAUGGCCACCCAUACGGCAGCACCCAACUUUGCCUAUGCCUUACUUCUCAAGAGGCUGGAGCAGGCCAACAGGAGAGCUGACUGGAGUUGUAUGAAGGCCACAAUGUUUGGUGCUGAACCUGCACAAAACCAUGUUGUGGAAGCAGUGGCUAAAACCCUCUCCAUCCAGCCUGGGAAUGUCUAUAACAACUAUGGUCUGGCUGAAUCAGUUGUGCUUCUAACAGGUGGACCUGCCCGCCCAGAUGCUGAGGGUGUAGUAUGCUGCGGUGCUGUUGACUCCCCGACCAUCAAACUUCGAAUUGUUGAGGAUGGCAAGGAAGUCGAGAAUGGACAUGUUGGAAGCAUCUGGGCACAGUCACCACGGGUUGCUGUUGGGUACUUUGGACAACCUGAGCUAACAAUAUCAACUUUUGCAAAUGCUUUGUCAGGCUAUGAGGGUACUUGGCUAGACACUGGUGAUUUGGGCAAGGUUGUGGAUGGACAGCUCUAUGUUACAGGAAGAGCCAAAGAUCUUAUCAUCAUCAACGGCAAGAACUACUACCCAACAGAUGUCGAAUCAUCCAUUGAUGACGCCUUUGGUGACAUCAUCCGCCCUGGGCGCACUGCGGCUUUCCAGUAUGGCGAGGAUGGAAUUGGCAUCACAGUGGAGGCUCGCAAAGGGUUUGACAAGUCAGUAAACAAAGACUUGGCUAUGCAGAUAUUCAACCAGGUUUCUGAACUGCAUGGGCUGUUUGCCUGUGAGGUUGUUGUUCUCAAACUAGGUGUAACUCCAAAGACCACCUCUGGCAAGCUGAAGAGGAAUGUGAUUAGGCAGACAACUGUUGCUGGUCAUUGGAAAGGGUCUUCUGUUCUACUACAUCUCCAGCGGAACACCAUGCCUACUGUCACAAUGGAAAGAAGUAGAACCUAUCCAAGCAAUGUUCUUCCAGGGAUAGUCAUAGAAGCUGUUCAAGCCAUUGAGUGCGUCCCAACCAUGUUGGAUGUUUACUAUUCUGAGCUGAAUCUUGAUGGAAUUCCUGGGAUUUGUGAAUCUUGGUUCAAAGCUGUGAAGACAACAGAAGCAAUAAAGACCAUGUGCUCUCAAAUUUUGAAACACAUUGAGGACAAGCAACCCACAAUCUGCCAGCUCGCGCACACCCUUAGUGAAAAUACUGAUUGGAUUUUGAUUGAGGACACCAUGGAUUUCCUGUCUCAGCUUGUGCACCAAGUCUUUGUUCUUCAAUGGGUGACAACCUUUAUGAUGGAUAGCCCUGAGUGUAUGAAACAAAAGUUGCACAAUGAUGCUGAGUGGGAAGCACAGAGUCACAAUGCCCAGGCAGUUCCAGUGGAACUACAAGAGAUACUCGAAAUCCCAGACAAAGACCCAAUGUAUGGGAAGUGGCCAUUCUUCCUUUGGAUAAAGAAUAGGUCAGUGCUUGCACUACAGAAAUUAAUUCUGCAAAGUUUGGCAUCCCCAGAAGGUCCAACUAUUGACUCUCAAGUUGAAAGAAUUAACAAGCUGGUUUGCUUAAAUAUAUUGGAGGCUGUUUGGCUUGAGCAACACAAUGGGCUCACGAAUAAUUCAGAGGUAGGCAGAUUGCUGGCUACCUUUCCCAUUUUGGCAGCAAGGACCAAGUCCGACAUUGUCCUGAUGGAGCACUCCACUAGUACUUGGAAGGAUCAGUACAUUGCAUGGAACAUGCACGUGGUAGCAUGGAUUGGCGAUCAGAACUCUUCGACAUGGAUGCUGUCCAAACUACUGCUGCCCUGUAUUAUUGGAGAUGUCAAUGCAGCUUCCUCACAUGCCAGAAUAACUAGUCUAUAUCUGGUUUCACAGACAACAGGAAGGAAAAUUGAGUCCCAGAAGGUUGUCAAUAACCCAAUCUUAUCAAGAAGAGCACUACAUUGUUUUGGAAAACUCAACCUCUCCUGGGCUGAGAAGCUUGGAUUUUACCCACCACCACCACACAGCAACAAUCAAUUGGCACUAGCCAGCAAAAAUGAAAUGGCUCUCAAUGAAGAGUACUGGUUGUCCAGGUUUGACCAAUGGGGGUUGGUAAGCCUACCAGCUUGGCUCAAGGUCCCAAGUGCUGACACUCAUGUUUUAGAGGUUCCAGGACACAAUACAUGCCCAGAAAACAUUAGCAGGUACACCAACACAAUCAAGUCUGUCUUUGAGUCAGAUGUUGACCCAUCAAAGACUUGGUUUGAGAAUGGGCUCACUUCUCUCAAGAGUGCUAGGCUGAGGAACAUGGUGGAAGAAGAGUUACAUGUGGUGCUCCCAGCCAACUUUGAACAGCUCUACCCAACACCAAAUGCACUUUCAGAGUUUUUGGUUACAUCAAAGGGCAAAAGCUUUCCAAAGCAAGACAUAGACAAUCACCCAGCCAUUGUAGCAAACCCCCCAAGAAUCACAAUCAGCAAGCUACAGCUUGGGUUGAUGCAAUUCAUGGGCUCGAUCGUGAUUCUUUUUUUGGUUUUGAUCUCAAUUUUACCGUCCUACUUCCUUGCCUCAUGGGUAUUGGAUCAGUGCAUCUCAGCUGAAAGUGGACCAUAUUGGUGUCAAAUUGUUUGGAUAAUACUGCCAUUGAUCUUCCCUCUGUAUAUCCUCUUCUUCUCACUGGAUGUGGCCUUUGUCAAGUUUGUUGUCAUUGGGAUGUAUCAACAGAAACAAAUUGAGCUCCUAUCAUGGGACUACAUCCGAUGGUGGUUCAUGGACAGACUGAUCGAGGUCUGGGAGUCUUUUGUGGGACAAUUUGUUCUUGAGACAAAAUUUAUUUGGGUCUUCUACUGGCUCCUUGGGGCUGACCUAGCAUGGUCAGCCAAGGUUGAAUCAUACAUCCGAGAGUUCGACCUGGUGAAGGUGGGCAGCUAUGCCACAGUUGGGUACCCCAUUAGGUGCAGGAAAUUUUCUCUCUCAACAGGAUCAAGCGGCCCCAGGCUAACAUUCCACCCAGUCAUUAUUGGGAAAGACAGUCAGGUGUCUGGAAUGGUCAGUCUGGGGGCCGUUAUUGGCGAAGGCAGCAAGGUGGAGAAACUGUCUGUUGUUGAAGAGGGAGCAAUAGUUCCUAAUGGUGUGCUUGCAAAAGGAAAUCCAGCAUGUCAUGGUGGACCAUUUGAGCAUUCCAGAUCAGAGGUUUGGCAAGAAUCCCUUUUGGACGCUUUCAAGAUUAUGUGGAUAUUUUCAGAAGCCUACCAUUUUUUUGCACUGUCUUACUUGGUCCAUAUCACGCUCAUUCAAGUCAUGCACACAUGGCGCUAUGAGAUCAUCCUGCACUGGUUCCUCCUUUUUCAAGCAUCGUCCUUCCUUGCCCUCCUCACAAGCAUUCCACUCAAGUGGGUUUUGAUUGGUAAACGGGAUCCAUGCGACGAGUAUGGUGGUUCACUCUAUCGCCAAGCAACAAAUUGGGCAUGCGACUUCCACUUUGGUGUAGCUUCUUGGCCUCUUACUCCUUUCUUUGGUCAAACAAGGCUCUGGCACAUCAUCCUUUUCCUCCAUGGCCUUGAUGUGGACAUAGAAUCUUGCAUCAGCAACCCAUACAGGAUCUUUCUCCCGUCCAAAGUUGACUUUGUCAAGAUCCGCAAAUCAUUUGUUGCUACCAGCAACAUGGACUUAAGUAAGCGAGGAAAUGGCAAGAUUGAGAUUAUCAGCAGUAGCAUUGGUUACAAUGCGAAUCUUCGCGCAGGAGUCAAGAUCAUGCAAUCCACAAUCCCACCAAGAUCUGAUGUCUCAGAUAGCAUCUAUGAUUUAAACCAGUCCCGCAAGGCUUUCAAGUCUCGUUUCAUCAUGGAUUUGGUCCUACCUGAGGUUUUGCAAAUUCUGCUCAAUGGGAUCCUUUUCCUUUGUUUUAUACCUUCUUUUGAGAUUGGCCUUCUUGCUUUAAACAGUGGUUCAGUUGGCAUAACCUCAUGUGGUCUAGCUGCAGCCGUUGUUCUUCAAUUGUUUGUGUGGAUUCUUUUGGCACGAGCUCUUGAAACAAUCAUGUUGAUUCCAAGAAGACAUGGCCGACUCACUGGCCCAUUUGGUAUCUACAUCAACCAUGUUUGGCAAUUCCGAAAUGGAAACUGGAUGGCGAUGCUGCUCUAUGGCACACCAAUGUUUGGCUACUAUGCUAGGAUGAUGGGUGCUGAAGUUGAUGGUGACCUCUGGUAUUAUGGAAACUCUCUCUAUGAGUUCACCAAGCUCCACUUUCAUGGUGGUACGAUUGUGGAUGAUUCCCAUAUUAGUGGUCACUACAUUGAUGGCAAUGGGUUGACUUUGAAGGAUACAUUUGUGUCAGGGUUGCUUCAUCCAGGAUGCUAUGCCUCUGCUGGAUCGGUGGUUGCUGGAGAAGAGAACGGUCCAUGGAAAGUCUUCUUGAACAUUGGUUGCAGGGAAUCAAUGAAGAGUGAGUCGGACUCCGAUCGAUGUGAUUCCUCUAUUUCGUUUCCUGUGAGCAUGAGUACUACAGCUUCUGCUGCUGCUGCCACUUGCAGUAUGAUGGAGCAUUCCUGCGCCGACCCUUGA